CGGCAUAUACAUGCAGGUAAACGUUUGUGUAAGUACAAACAUAAAGUACACGCCAGGUAUAUGAUGAAUGUGCUAAAACGACGCUAAGGUACGCUUUUAAUGCGUAUCAUUUUUUUUUUCGUUUGUUGCGUAAACACGUUAUAUAACUAGCCUGCCACGGCCCAUUGAGGUCUGAGCAGUAACAUCUCUGAAAGGCAGCUUAUCCCGAUAAAAGCUCUCGGCUCUCACCGCACCUCGCCGUAAUAGGUCGAAUGAGUCGAAUCUGAAUCUGUUCCUAGUAAGUUCAGCAGUUUGUAUUUAAAUCAAGUCUGCGGAAGCUCAGCACUGCUCUAAAUAUACUUUAAACAAUGAAAUCUUUUAUCUGGAUUAUCAGCACAGUCAGAGACACCUGGUGUCCAGUCAUAUGACAGAUCUCGUGAACUGAAGAGAUUUCUCGCGAGUUGCUUCUAACAUCCCAUUAUGGCUGCCGUAAAGCAGGGAGCUUACAAUGGAGAUAUGCCUAAGUUCACUAUUGGCGGCAGUGAAAAUGGCCAGGACAUCUUUGAGACAACUUCAAAGCAAGAGGAGAUUCGCAACAUUCAGAAUUUGAUCAGACUGACCAAAGAAAAGUUAGAAGCAAUCAAUGCUGAGUUUGGGAUAGAUCCUCACCCACCCUCUCUAUACCUAGAUGAAUACAAUGAGUUAACCACAAAGAUCCACGAGCUGCAGGAGAAGGAAGAUGCCCUCAAAGAUCAACUCCCCCACAAAAGCCUGCAGGAGCCGACGCCCUCUGAGCUGCCCACUCCCCCCAGACCCUACACUACCAGCCUGACAUCCCCAGAGCACUCACAGGCCCAGGCCACCGCCCCUGAGGCGGGACAGACGACAGACAAGGCUAACCUCAAGUCUCUUGUCAGGGUGCAGUUACCAAACCAACAAAAGACCACGUUCCAAGUGAAGCCAGGAAUCCCACUGAAGGAAGCACUAGGAAAGGCAAUGAAGAGGAGGGAAUUGAUCCCAGAGUCCUGUAUUGUAUAUAUGCUUCCAAAAAGAUCUCCGGUGAGUUGGGAUGUGGAUAUCUCUGCUUUGGCAGCCGAAGAACUCGUUGUUGAAAUCAAGAAAAACAAAGCGCCUACCACCAGACUGUCGCACAACUUUGUGCGGAAAACUUUUUUCGUCCUUGCAUUCUGUGAUAGCUGUCGAAGAAUUUUAUUUCAGGGCUUUAGAUGUCAAACAUGUGGAUACAAGUUUCACCAGCGCUGUGCAGACAGGGUGCCUGCUCUCUGUCAACAGGACACCAACGACGUCUUCUUGUCUGUCACCAAAGAGAAACCCUUCAGUGAAAAAGACAUGUUAGAGCAAUUUAAACAUUUAUUAGCCGACCCUAAUGGUCAAAACGCUCCACAACUUUUGCCUCUGCCCAGCUCCCCUGUGAGUGUGCCGCGUUCCGGCAGAGCCCCGCCGCUGGAGCGCCGCGACCGUGCCAACUCGGCACCAAAUGUGUCCUGUCAUGUGAACAUGGCGGACAUCGGGCAAGAGGAAUAUGUUAGAAGAAUAAUUUCUGGUGCUCCAGACCCUUUUCCAAGACCUAAUUUUAAAGAUAAAAACCGUCACGCCAGUGACAGUAGCGCUCCAGCCCGUCCCAGUAGACAUUUUCAGUAUGCUACAAUAUCUCGAGCCCAGGGGUUGACUGUCCCUGCUGGCAUGACCCCCCAGAGUCCGGCCAGUAGUCCUACCAAAUCACAGAGUACCAACACCUCCCCGACCAACACCAAGCCAUGGAGGCACAGGUCAGGCUCCGACCAGUCAGAGCUGGGAAAGAAACUGCGACGAAGGCGAGACUCAAAUGAAGACUGGGAAAUCCCAAUGGACGAGAUUGAGUAUCAUACGCGGAUAGGGUCUGGAUCAUAUGGGACUGUAUUCAAAGGAUUCUGGCAUGGGCCGAUUGCAAUCAAGAAGUUGAAUGUGGUGGAGCCUACACCUGCCCAGAUGCAAGCAUUUAAGAAUGAAGUGGCAGUUCUCAGAAAAACUCGGCAUGUGAACAUCCUCCUGUUCAUGGGUUGUGUAUCCAAGCCUGAGCUGGCCAUAGUUACACAGUGGUGUGAGGGUUCUAGCUUGUACAAACAUCUCCAUGUGUUAGAGUCCAAGUUUGAUAUGAUACAGCUUAUUGACAUAGCAAGACAGACAGCACAGGGCAUGGAUUAUCUUCACGCCAAGUUUAUCAUCCAUCGUGAUCUGAAAACUAACAAUAUAUUUUUACACGAUGAUUUAACGGUAAAAAUAGGAGAUUUUGGCCUGGCCACAGUGAAGACGAGGUGGAGCGGGUCUCACCAGUUCCAGCAGCCCACAGGCUCCAUAUUGUGGAUGGCGCCAGAAGUUAUCCGCAUGAAAGAAGAAAACCCGUACACAUUUAACUCUGAUGUGUAUGCCUUUGGCAUUGUCUCCUAUGAGCUGAUCACUGGACAGCUGCCAUACCAGAAUAUAAGUAAUAAAGACCAGAUCUUGUUCAUGGUGGGGAAGGGUUACCUGAAGCCAGACAUGAGCAAGGUGAGGACAGGUACCCCCAAGGCUUUCAAGAGACUGAUGGAGGACUGUUGUAAGUUCAUCAGAGAUGAGAGGCCAUUGUUUCCACAGAUAUUAGCAUCUUUGGAAUCUCUUGUUCGCAACAUGCCCAAACUCCACCGCAGCCAAUCAGAACCCACUUUGAACAGGACCCACCUCCAGUCCGACGAUUUCGACAUCAUAUAUCAGUGUGCAUCGCCUAAGACCCCCAUAGGGCAGUAUGGUGCAUUCAAUUUCUUCAACAGCUCCAAUAUGACUGCCUACUAGGAAGUUGUGUAGUAAUAUCAGUCAUGGUCUGGACUGUGAUGAGGUGGGAUGUGAACAGUCUGUGAUGUCUUCAUCCGCUCACAAAGAAGGCAAGGAGGAAUUCACAGAUUGAUUUUAUGUGCUUUGAUGAUCUUGGUAUUAAAAUGAGUGGCUGGAAUGGUCUGGUACAUGUAUUCCUAUAUAAAUGUGUGCCAGUAAAGCCGUUAUAUUUUAAACUGCAAUAAGGAGCCAAGGCCUGUUGAGAAUGGUGGCACCAAAACGCCCCGUUGAGAGAAAUGAGUCAGCCUCAGUAUUCAACACUCUGCACUGGUUGAACUGUCCAGCUGUAAGAACACAAAAUGAAUUGGAUUUUCUAGUACACAUUAUACUGCAUGUGUUGAUAUAUCAGGCAGUGAAGAUGCCUGACAAACUGGAAGUGCUAGUACUCCACACCCUUGACAACUUGGAAAGGCACGAAGUAAGCCCAUUGGACAAGUUGGAAAAGCUUGUAUUCAACUGAUCAUGAGAUAAAAUUGAAUUGGCUUGUAGUCAAUUUAGUCAAAUUGGAAAGGCUAGUAAGUUGAUGCAUUGGACAAGGUAGAUAGGCCAGCAGUGGUCUAAAUUAUGUCAGAAAAAUUGUCAGCACGGACAAUGUUAAUCAUGACAAAGAGCAAAGACGUCUAUAAGGCAAUCAUGUCAGACAUUUUACAUUUUGAAUGUGAACUUUUACUUCUCACAAAAAAGGAUGCCAUACUUGUACAAUGGUAGAAUAUUCUAUAUGUAUAUGUAUUAUGUUCUAUUUAGGGUGUUACCUUACCAGUGGUCUAUAUGAUGAUAAUAUUGAUGUAAAAAUGUACGUAACACUCAUUACUGUACAUAGAAUGUACAAAUGUAUGUAUGAUAUUUAUGCACUUAAUUCUGAUGUCAGAAUUCUCUUGCAAAAAAAGUCUUUUGAGAAAGUAAAAUCAGUGUGCCCAGAGAAAGCUUUAAGCCAAUUAAACACAGUUGCAUUGGAUCCGCUGUGUGGUUUGAAUAUAUUUGAAGAAAUAUGUAGAUCCUUUUUCAUGAAUUUAGCAAAGUAAAUGGAAGAAUCUGGCACUUAAAAAAAUGAAAUUGUUUAAGAAAGAGAAGAUUCUAUUGAGAACACCUCUCAAUGCUGCAGUUGUUGCUGUUCAACUGUUUUAAACAGCCAAUACCAGUGUAAGAAUUUUAAUUGGGAAUGUAGAGAAAAAUCCAUAUUUGUCUUGUGAAGUUUUAGAUUUUUUAUAUUUAUUUAUGAGAUGUAUUACAAAACUGAUUAUGUGGAGUGUCAACCUGCUCUUUAAUUUAUUUACUUUUUGCUAAAAUAUACAUAUAUCAACAAGUCAUUGAAAAACUGGUUAAAAAAUAAUCAAAAACAGGUGUCAUUUUUCAUACCAAGAAAAAAAUGCUAUUCUUUCAUAGGUCUGGAUCCACUCCAAUAAAAGAGCAGGUGCCCCCCCCUCCCCUCCCUCCUCCCCCUGUAAACCCCAUAUCUUCUCUGUGCUCUUUUCUAGCAGGAGUAAUUGUCUUGAUGUGUGCAGCACCUGUAGAUGUAUUUAUUGUGUCCUCAAUAUCCAGAACUUUGUAUAUCUCUGCAGACUCACAUGCAGCUUUUGUUUUUAGACAUUGAAGGAAGUUUCAUUUGACAUGAUAUUAGGCAGUUGAAGAACUACACAUUUGGGCAGUAGUUGAAGUUAAAACUGCAGAGAGCAAACAGACAUAAUGAUUGAAUGAACUAUUUCCCUGUUCAGUUUUCAGCGGCAAGGGAAAAUAUUUUUUGUUGUGACGUGGCAUCUUUCUAUGGAUGCAGCUGAUGUCACUGUGAAAAUGGGCAUUCAGAUUUAGUGUUAAUAAAAUUUGUCAACUUA